GGCAAGGGAAGAAAGUGACUGAGAAAUAAGUGGUGUUAUGAGUUUUCUGUGAGCCAGCCUAGCUGUGGGAGGCCUCCAUCCUGCAGCCUCGUUAACCCUGGGCCACAACGUCCCACUUCUGCAACGCUGCUUCAGCUGUGGAACAAUCUCAGGAAAUCUUCCCCCCUUUGCCUGGCUGGGGCCAUGGGACACUAAUGCGAGAAGCCAUUGAUUGGAGCUCUGUGAGCCUGCAGUGCCCAUACAUCACCUUUUGUCCUCAGACACCAGCUGUCACAUGCACCCUACAAGCAUCGGCUGUGACGGUUGGUCACACGAGGACUUUAGCUCAGCUGAACCAGGGCAAUCUACAACGGAUGGGAAGCUACACGUCCGGUACUGCCCCAGUCUGACAGAACAGAGCCCGGUGUUUUCAAACAACCCACAAGCCACUGCUCCCAGCACCAUGGCAUAAGGGUUUCUGAAGCCCCGGGCCAACGGGAUCUCCAUGAAAGCUCUGCCAACAGCAGCCCUCAGCAGGUGGAUGCUGCCAGGACAAAGCAAAACAAGCAGCCUACGCUAUCCCCUCCCCCGCAAGCCUUUCCUUCCCCAAACGGGGAGGACACUGGAGGUGUGUCUGCCGCUCCUUGGACUCAGGUGGAUGCCAAUCAACAUCCUUGUGCAGCAGGCACCAGAAGGAACCAGGAAGUGGAGGCCAGGGAGCGCAGCUUACUGCAGAAGGGAGAUCGGCUGGAAGAAGAGCUCGGAAAGGGUCCCAAGAUCAGACCACAGGGGAAACUCUGAAAGAAACCAAAAAUGGGAUCUGAAGGGCAAAACUUGGGAGAGGAGUUCAGCAACCAGAUCAAUGACGUCCUGAGCAGACUCGCAACCAAACAGAUGUUCCAGUCAGACUGGGACAUUGCUGCCUUCGCCAUCUUCUUCAUCUUCAUUGGUACUGUGCUGUUGAUGGUUCUCCUGGCUCUGAUCCAUUGCUGCUGCUGCUGCGACUGUGACUCCCGGGGAUCACACAAGAAGGUCCCCAGAAAGAAAGUGGGCAUUGAUAACAAGGCCAUGGAGCCAUAGCCCCGCCUCCUCCUUGGACAGACAGAUUCUGGAGCCAAUGGGAAAAAGACUCUUCUUUGCUUGCUUCUUUCCGCUACACAGCAAUCAACUGCAGAUCAGACUGUUUGUGUUAAUCUUGAGUGCUGGCUUGGUGGGGCCCUGGCCUCACAGCACUGCGCUGCACUGGCUCCAGCACUUGUUCUUCCUUCUCUGUGCACAAAGGAUGAAGAUUAAAAGGAACUCCUACGAUGCUGAAUAAGGAUAGCAUCUACAGCGAUCUCACAUUGUACAACUAGAGCCACUGGUCCUCAAACUACAGGGCAGAAGUUGCUCAUCAGCCUAGGGUCAGCGGAGGAAGUCUGCCUCCUUGUGGUAGAGUACCGUACAUAACAGGGAGUUUAUACCUUCCAAGGUCACUACUGGCAUCAGGGAUUGCAACUAGAUAGGCCAUUGGGCCGGUCCUGAAAGGCAGCUCCUGUGUGUGUAGUCACUAAUUAAAACAGUGCCUCCAGGGACUCUUCCAGGUGCCUGAAAACAUCCCUUGCUGGCACGCAUCAUCUGACACUUCCAGAGUCUGGAAAGGAACAUGCCCCAGACCAGAACUGACCAUAUGGGAAGGAACAGCUCCCCUGAAAGCCCAUCCUGGUUUAGCUGAAGACAGCGGAGGUGAAUGUCUUAGCCGCACUUUCCUAUAGAGCCCCCAUUCACACAGGCUCUUGGAUCCUUUUGGCAGCAGCCAAGGAGUUAAAUUGCUACCUGCACAGUCCCUGAUAGCCAAGAGAACCGUCCAUAGAACCAGUUGAAGGAGAACAGGCUCAGGGGAGGAAGCACGUCUUGUGCACUGACAUGCUGCUGUCUCCAUUGAUUCAGCAGAAGGAAGACAGAGCUCUGCAGAACACCACUGAACUAGGGCAGUGCUGGCGCAGGCCUGAUGCUCGGAGAGCCCUGUGUCUGUGUCUGUAAUGGCAAGGCCAGUCCCCAGCCAGGGGCACUGGGCUCUAGAUCAGGGGGCUCAGGAAAGCCCAAAGAGUCAUUUCUUUCCUGCGUAGCUGGUUUUACACAGAACUCAGUGGAUGUAAUGCAUGGUCAGUAGCCUUCUGCUGAGUCCUAGGGAGCCAGCAAGCACAACCCAUUAGCCAGUGACCCUGUCCAGCUCCCUGAGACACCACUUUGUUCAGCAGCUAGGGGAAGGGUUAGAACUCAUCACCGUCUCCCUCUGGGAAGUGUACCUCAGGGCUGGGUUAAGUCAGCCUCUCUGCUGUCUGAGACACUGACUCCCCACAGCAGGCCAAGGCAAAUAAGAGAGUAACUCGGGCAGUGGCUUGGAAGCCAUGGAAAGUGAGGGGGCCUGAGCACUCAAGCUCUGAACAAAGUGCCUCUCAGGGCCUGGCCUCUGCCACUCCCACCCCUCUCUGGUGCUCAGGAACAUCCUGAGCAUGGCAUUCAGGAACAGGCCUCACUUACCCACUAGACUAAGUUUAGACAGGAGCUUGCCUGGCACUGUAAAGGGAAGCCAGAGUCACAGACAGCCUUGCUCUUCUGACUCCUCCGUGAAGCCCUCUAAAUAAGAAGUGUUCAGAGAGCACAUGGGACUUCAAAGGGACCUGUGCUUCUAUUCAGUCCGGACAUGUUCUCCUUCAUCACAGUACAGUCUGUACGUACGCACUCAUUGGCCCCUGCACACCCCUGCAGAGCCUUAUUCCAUAUGGCAUAAUCUCUGCAUUGCAGUGGUAUUACACUCUGCCUAGGGAGUGUGUCUAAAAGUGAAGGCCCACAAGGUACAUGGCUUCAUCUUCCCCAGCCCCUUUUGCACUCGCUUUGGCUCAGAGGUGAGCGACACACACAGAAGAAAGGCCUCUUCUCUUUGUGGGCUCGAUCCUGUGGUCAGUGAGACCACUGACUUCAGUGGCAGCUGGAGCAGACCCCCCUUCUGCCCAGCAGGUUUGCUCUCAGACCCAGCUAGCAGCAGGGCACGCUGGAAAUACAGGCGUCCCUUUGGUUGGAACAUUUAUCUAUUUCAGCAGCUCUUCUGGCUGAGCGGCUCCACUCCCUGGCCACUGACUGGUACGUUAUAACCCUGUGCUUUGUGCGCUAAUUAGAGUCAAGCAGAGGGAGUGUCACACCCUUCCUGCUGGUCAGCUGCUCCAGGGUUUGUGACUGUCUUCUCCCACCCAGCUCUCCGUUUAUUCUAUGCUCAUAGGGUUCACAGGGCUAGUGGCUCAGGGAACCUGAAGGGAGAGUGUUGGGGUCAGUUCAAUUAACAUUCCAAACAACGUCCUUUGGGGUUUCCCACUGACUUGUAUGUUCAUAAAACUUUCUAAUUUCAUCUCUGAAUCCAGGAAGAGAGACUCAUGAUUAUAAAUAAAAAGCACAUGAUGGAGA